UACAUAUUUAUUAUUAUUUACCGAGGUUGGUUUUAGUUAUUAUAAAUGUUUCUCAACGCAUAUGGGUUAUGCUACGUCACAUUUUUGGUACGUCGUCUUGCUACGUGUGCUCAUCCAACAAAAUAACAGAGAACUGAUUCUCAGCUGUGCUGGUUACUGCAAUGAAUGGUGACACUAUCCAUCAGGCGACAACCACAGCUUCCGUUGCAGCACCGUGUGGCUGGAGGGAAUUCUGCGAGUUGCAUGCCAUAGCCACGGCCCGGGAACUAGCCAACCACUACCGUAACUUUGCCAGGGAGCGGCCAGAUCAUGAUGUCAUCCCACCGGACAGCUUCUCCAAGCAGUUCAGCGAGCUGUUCCAGCAGCACUUCCACAGCGAGGUGGCCGAAAAUAUCCCUGCAUUGGCCCCUUCGCCCAUGAUGGGCCAGCUCCGCAUCACCUCCUCCGGGGUGCUGGACUACCGGGAGGCGGGCCAGCCUGGCGCCCCGGCCCUGUUCACUGUGCUGGACCCAAAGCCGAAGCACGGGGUGGUGGAGCAGCCCCUCCAGUGCUCAUCAGCCAACCCAGGGGUGCGAGCUCGAGCUCCCGUCCGGAGCCACAGCCAGGAGGAGGUGUCUGUGUUGGAGCGGCGGCCUGUGUCUGAAUGGUACACCCCCACCUCACCCUCCUUCGCUGCUGCUGAUGUCACGCACUUCUCUGUCAGCCAGAUCAGGCAGAGCGUGCGCUGUCUUCUUAAGGAGCCCCUGCCGCCACCUCAGGACCUGCUGUCGAGAGGGCCGGGGGACAGGGGAACAGGAGGGACUCUGGACGAAGUGACGGCCUUAUCGUUGUCAGCGCUGACUGUGAACUCCUCCCCCGAGACCUCUGCCUCGUCCAAGGCGGUCCACCUCCUAGACCGUCUGGCCAGCAGGUUUGGCAGUAGGCAGAGUGUGAAGCGCGGGCCGCAGGCUGCGGGCAGGUGCAAAGAGGGGCAGCUGAGGUACCUGGUGGUUGACGACACGAUCUCGGACACACAGCAUCGCUGGGAGCGCUGCCGCCUACUGGUGAGGAAGAUCAGAGACGGCCUAGCAGGAGAGAGGUUCCAGCUGGAGCUCUAUGACCCCCCCAAGGGCUCUAGUCCCAAACUGACAGUUCAUUGCGUAGACAUCCUGGCGAUCCGCCGCUGCAACCGCCUGGAGAUGCCCGACAACAUGAACACGUUUGUUUUAAAGGUUAAUCACUAUCCAGGUAGUCUCAUAUUUGAGACGGAAAAUAACCAGCAAGUCAGCUCCUGGACAACAGAAAUUAAAGAAUGUAUCAACAGGUCUGGCAGUGUGGAUUUGGAGCUCCUAACCUACCCUGUGGACAAUGCUGCGAUGGCCAACCGGAGAGGGAACUCCGAGUCAGGGAGUCAGGGAUCUGCGACCUUUGCCCUCUCGGAGCAGGUGUACCAUAAGACUGACCACUUCCUGUGUUCAUACCCCUGGUUCCACGGGCCCAUCUCGCGGGUCAAGGCGGCCCACCUGGUCCAGAACUUGGGCCUGGAGGGCCACGGAGUGUUCCUAGUGAGGCAGAGUGAGACUCGCCGCGGAGACUACGUCCUCACCUUCAACUACCAGAGCAAGGCCAAGCACCUGCGUCUGUCUCUAACAGAGUGGGGUCAGUGUAGGGUGCAGCACCUGCGCUUCCCAUCCGUCAUGGACAUGCUCAGUCACUUUCGCCUCUACCCCAUACCCCUGGAGUGUGGCACUGCCUGUGACGUCACCCUCUCAAGCUUCGUGGUGGCUAACUCCCAAGGUCAGAUUUCAGCGGCUGUUCUGGUUCCCUUCUCCCUGAACUGCUGGAGCUCCGAGCCCAGCCUGGCCCACUGCAGCCCAGCCACCUGCCCCAGCCUGCUCCCCUCAGCAGGCCCCUCUCCAGGCCCUCUGCCCCAGCCCGGACACCCUCAUCUAUACACCUCACCCCUCCCAGACCUCCCCACCUCGGGUCCCCUGCGUCGGAGCGAGUCGGUGGGCCGCAGACCCCUACUGCGUCACCCCAACCCCCACCCACCCUUUACUCAGCGAGACUCCGACUACGAACUGGAGCCAGACAGGGGCCGCAAGCGGGCCAUCGACAACCAGUACAUGUUCCUCUGACCGGCCGACUCCCUUUCACAGCCGGCCCAGAGGUCACCGCAAAACUCCAAGCAAGUGCCAGAUGGACUCAUGAGUGAACGUGUAUGCCCAAGUUGAGGUCUGUUUCGUGGUGGGGGUGACAGAGUUCAUUAUGAAUGUAUUUUUAGGAUAGUGUUUAAUAUUGUUAUGAUUAUUCUCAUUUUAUGAAGCAGAUGUCGUUGUUUUAAGGGAUGUUGCUACAUGGGAAAGGUCUUCCCUCAGGCAGGGGAGGGGGGCACCCUCACUGCCUCUCCCUCCCCCUUUAACCCCAUAAAGAAAGCGGUCGGGAGGGGACACACCCUAUUCUAGAGUCCCUGUUCCCCUCCACAGCCUCGACUCUCAAGCCCUGUGCACAAAUCUUGUAUAACACAUUUCACACAAUGUUCGUGAUACAGAGUUUGUCUGCCCAAAAAUGUUUACACAACCACUGUGCAAAACUCUGUUGUAUCACAAAGCAUUGUACAACUUGAAUAGGGCCAAAUAUUAGCAUGUUAAUUUCCUGUUGGCAUUUAACAGAAGAGUCCUUACCUUCAUAGCAUUAACUUCUUUCAUCUUAACAUUGUUCUCUCCAGCUCUACGACUCAAGGACAAAGCUGGACCUUUCUGAAGGCAUUUGUUUUUUGCUAGUUAAAUGUUUCCAAAUGCUACAUUUGAACGUUUGUCUUCUAUGGCUUCUUAAUCAGUGAGCUCUUGAAAGAGACAAACUUCGCCAAAGAAAAGACUGCACUCCCUUGCUUUGACGAAGAACCCUUGUGUACAUGGCCCCUUAACACAUUUUAUGUAAGCAACCGUUCUGGUGUACAUUUUGUUUAGUAAUUAAACAUUCUUCUUUAACAUACCAGUACCCGUCACUUUUCUGUAUGUACAUCUUUCCCUUGCCUAACACUAACUUAGCAGUGAAACCUUAAUCAUUGAGUUGUACAGCUUACCCUCUAGAAGUCCUACAGUAUUUAUGGUCAUGUUCAUUUCUUAUCAUAGAAGGGCUUUGUUUUUAAGAAAUGCACAAAGGCAGGUUGAUUUCCUUUUUAAAUGAUCAGGACAUCGACUUGCCUUUUCAUUGCAUGACCCAGCUAAAAAUCUAUCAAGGAAUUUUACAAUGGUUUUUAAUCAGGUACCUUCCAAAAUUGAAACUGACAUUGUCAAAUGUUUAGGUGGGAAAAAAGGUUAGACAAUUGCGGUUUGUUUCCUGUGCUUAAAUUGAAACUAAUCCCAAUCUGUUCUGCAAAUGCAACAGGAAAGCAACGGUAUCAUUGACUUAUCAGUCCCUUUGACCUGUAGCCAGAAAGACUGCCUUGCCUGAAAACUGCUGUUGCUUUACGUGUUUGAACUUAGUGCAAUAACUGAGAUUUCCAAUAAUUUAGCCUAUGGCACAUUGAACGCUUUAUAUUAUAGCUUAACCUGUACAUCGUCUUUGCACUCAAUCAUAUUGGGAAAACACAAAUCACACCAAGAGUUCUGGCAAGCUUAGUGCAUUCCACUACUGUAGUCUGGUGUUGCUCACUCUUCAACACCUGUCUGUCUGCACAUAUCAGGUUAGUUUUAUACUCCAAAUGGCCCCAAUGUACCUCAGGCCUAUGUAUUAGAACAUUUGCUUACAUGCAUUUAUUUUGCCCAGUCAGUCAAGCUUUCUGACAUUGUUCCAAGUUCAACUGAUUUAAUGUGUCUUCUCAAUACUGUUGAUUAUCUGUUAUGUAUUAGCACUAAACAUUCCCCCCAAGCUAAUUAAACCACAAAAGCUUUC